GUAUCGUUCUAGGUAGGUAGCGCGCCUGCUUUGUAAAUCGUGUCAGGUUGUGAUGGACGGCUUUGAUUUCAUUUAAUGGGAGAGGUUGUUUGUGACUUCUCAAUCUGCUAGCUGUUGCGUCAUUCUGCCAAAAUAAUUGGGGAUCUAGGGUUUGAGGGAGUGGGUGCUCGAGCCGCCGUCGACGCCGCCGCCACUGCCGAUGAUGUUGCGAGGGAGGGUGAUGCGUUUGGCCUCUCGUCACUUGGGUUCCCAUGGCUUCAGCACCGAGAUAUUUGUGAGCAGGUUAUCAUUUUACACAACGGAGGAAGAAUUUAAAAAGGUCUUCUCACCAUUUGGCGCCAUUGAGGAAGUUCGGUUAGUGAGAGACAACCAAACUGGAAGGCUGAAGGGAUUUGGUUUUGUAAGAUAUUCAUCACAAGAGGAGGCACAGAAAGCUAUCAAGGCAAUGGAUGGAAGGAUUCUACGCGGCAGACUGAUUUUUGCAGAGAUGGCAAAGGAACACGGCACUGGAUAGUUAAUAGGUCAGAUUUUUAUCUGCACCGUUGCUGAACUACAUGUCUUUGGGCCGAACCGCCGAAGGCACUUCUCUCUUUGCAUCUUGCUAUAAAGAACAGGACCGAAUAGUGACGGCAUGCCUAUCAUGUUAUCCAAACAGCCAUCUGUUUUUUUGUUGUUGUUGCUAGAAGCAGUUAUGUUUCAUGAACAUAUUCAUUUGCUACAAAGCGGAACUGUGUAAGCUAAAUUUGUUUGUGUUGGUACUUAAAUUCAGCACGCCGGAGUAAUGUGAACUAAAGUACGGUAUUACUGUUAA